AUGUGUACCAGCGGCCAGAUCAUUGGGAGCCUUUUGGUGCUCUCUGUGCUGGAGAUAGGGCUGGGGGUGUCCAGCGUGGCCGUGGGGGCUGUCAGCUUCAGCCUGGCUCUCCGAGAGCACCCGCCGCAGCUCGGAGACUCGUCCCCGGUAUGGAGCGGGGUGUGUUUUCUUCUGUGUGGCAUAUGUGGAAUACUGUGCGCCAAAAAAAAGUCAGGACUUGUUAUGAUCCUCUUUUCAGCCUGCUGUAUCUGUGGACUCAUUGGAGGCAUCCUGAAUUUUCAGUUUCUUCGGGCAGUCACAAAAAAGACCUCAUCCCUGUACCCACUGCAUCUCGCUUCCAUGUCUUUGGCAUGCAUCGGCAUUGGGGGCUGCACUGUCUCCUCUUGGCUCACUUGUCGUCUAGCCAGCUAUGAGCAAAGGAGGAUGUUCUCAGAAAGGGAACAUUCCCUGCAUCACUCUCAUGAAAUGGCUGAGAAAGAAAUGACAGACAACAUGAGCAAUGGAGCACCACAACUGAUAUUUAAUGGAAGAGUACAAUCAAUGUUUUAA